AUGAGCUCGAAAGAAAGCUGCAGAAGCGAACUUCGCAUCGCAAUUCGACAACUCAGCGAUCGCUGUCUCUAUUCCGCUACCAAAUGGGCUUCGGAACAAUUGGUAGGGAUCGAGCAAGAUCCAUCCAAGUUCACUCCUUCCUAUACCAGGUUUCAGCGUGGAAGCUCAAGUAUUCGCCGCAAGUUCAGAACUCAUGAGGUCACCGCUACGCCCCCUGCCGGUGUUUCCUAUGUUGUUACGCCUGUUAUGGAAGAGGAUGCGCUUGUUGACACUGAUUUUUACCUUUUGGCUAAAUCUUACUUCGAUUGCCGUGAGUAUAAGAGAGCUGCUCAUGUUCUUCGGGAUCAAAUUGGACGCAAAUCCCUUUUCUUGCGAUGCUAUGCUCUCUAUCUGGCGGGAGAAAAGCGAAAAGAGGAAGAGAUGAUAGAACUAGAGGGACCUCUGGGUAAGAGUAAUGCCGGGAAUCAGGAAUUAGUUUCUUUAGAGAAGGAGUUAUCUACACUUCGCAAGAAUGGCACAAUUGAUCCCUUUUGUUUAUACUUAUAUGGUAUUAUACUGAAACAGAAAGGCAAUGAAAAUUUGGCACGGACAGUUCUUGUGGAAUCUGUAAAUAGCUACCCUUGGAACUGGAAUGCCUAG